CAAGAUCUAUAAGACUCAUGACAAACAUGUUUGCAGCAUAGUUCUUUCUCAUUGGAGAAAAGAGUGAUGGGGCUUAUGUUCAAGCAUCUCCUUUAUGCAGUGCUCUGUUUUGCUCUUACACAUGAUCUGGUUCAUGCCCAAGAUAAACAAUCAGGCUUCAUCAGCUUGGACUGUGGACUGCCAUCAGAUUCUUCCUACUCUGAGCCAACCACAAGUAUUAACUACAUUUCAGAUGCACCCUUCAUCGACAGCGGUGUAAGCGGUGUAAGUAGAACCAUAGAGGCUCAAUAUAAAGCCACCCUUCAACUGCAAUAUGCUCGUGUCAGGAGCUUUCCCCAGGGGAUCAGGAAUUGUUACAGAGUAAACAUCACAGGUGGUACUAAAUACUUGAUUAGAGCUACUUUUUUAUAUGGGAACUAUGAUGGGCUAAAUAAAUUGCCCAAGUUUGAUCUGCACCUGGGACCUAACUUCUGGGAUUCAGUGACACCCGCCUUUGCAUCCGAUGCCACCAUCAAUGAACUCAUUCACACUCCUUCAUUAAACCACAUACAAGUGUGUCUGCUGAACAAGGGCUCCGGAACACCAUUCAUUUCAGCAUUGGAAUUUAGGCCUUUGACGAACACUACUUAUGUGACCAUCUCAGGUUCCUUGGCACUCGCCUGGCGCUUAGAUGCUGCAUCAACAAGCAAUAGAUCAUACAGGUAUGACGACGAUGUUUUUGAUCGCCGCUGGAGCCGUUACAACUCUGAUGAUUGGACAAAAAUAAAUACCCCGCGUACCGUAGAGGGCGGUAAUUACCAAGUACCAACUAUAGUAAUGAAUACAGCCAGCACUCCAAAAAAUGCUAAUUCUUCCAUAGAUAUCCCCUGGGAGCCUCCAGAUAACACUACUCAAUAUUAUAUCUACAUGCAUUUUGCUGAGCUGCAACAGCUUAAAACCAAUCAGUUCAGAGCAUUCAAUAUCAAUCUGAAUGGGCAGUAUUGGUAUGGACCUAUUGUUCCACCAAAUUUUUCCACGUACACUGUGUAUACCCAAUCAGCCUUGACACCUGCAGCAAAUAAUAGAUUUUCAAUCCUCAAGACUGAGAAUUCAACUCUACCACCUAUCAUUAAUGCCAUCGAGUUCUACACAUUGAAAGACUUCUCACAAUUAGAAACUGAUCAAGACGAUGUGGUUGCGAUCACGAACAUAAAGUCAACAUACGGAGUGAAGAAGAAUUGGGAAGGAGACCCAUGUGCUCCACAAGAAUACAUUUGGGAAGGUCUCAACUGUAGCUCUAAUGGUUUUGAUCCCCCCAGAAUCACAUCAUUGAACCUCUCUUCAAGUGGACUAAUUGGGGAGAUAACUUCAUAUAUAUCUAAUCUUGUCCCACUACAAUCUUUGGAUUUGUCAAACAAUAGCUUAACUGGUUCAAUACCGGAGUUCCUGUCUAAAUUGCCAAACCUGAAAGUUCUUAACCUGGAAAAGAACAUGCUCAAUGGUUCAGUUCCAGCUGAACUUGUUGAAAGAUCAAGAAGCGGCAGACUAACUUUAAGUGUGGGAGAAAAUAAAAACCUAUGUGCAGAAAUUUCAUGUGAAAAGAAGAAAAUAAAUGUACUCAUUCCAGCAAUAGCAUCAGUUGGAGGGGUUUUCAUUUUCUUGUUAGCAGCAGUGGCAAUAUUCAUGGGACUGAAAAGAGGAAGAAAACCACGUGCAUCCAACAAUCAAAAUGAUUCAUUUGAGUCCAAAAGACGGCAAUUUACAUACUCAGAGAUCUUGAAGAUUACUAAUAACUUUCAGACAAUUCUUGGUAAAGGAGGAUUUGGAACAGUGUACCAUGGUUAUGCAGAUGGUAUUCAAGUUGCUGUGAAGAUGCUUUCUCCAUCAUCAGAUCAAGGAUACAAAGAAUUUCAGACAGAGGUUAAACUUCUGAUGAGAGUUCAUCAUAGAAACUUGACUAGUCUAGUUGGAUAUUGCAUUGAACGAACCACCAUGGCUCUCAUCUACGAAUACAUGGUCAAUGGAAAUUUGGAAUCACAUCUUUUAGGUGAUGACAGCAAUGCGAAUGUCUUGAGUUGGCAAGGUAGACUGCAAAUUGCAAUGGAUGCAUCACAAGGAUUGGAGUAUCUGCACAAUGGUUGUAGGCCACCUAUUGUCCACAGAGAUGUGAAAACAACAAAUAUUUUGUUAGCUGAAAAUUUUCAGGCAAAAUUGGCUGAUUUUGGCCUAUCCAGAGUUUUCCCAACUGAUGGAGGCACUCAUAUGUCCACAGCUGUUGUCGGCACGCCUGGAUACCUUGAUCCUGAGUACCACAUAACCGGCAGGCUGAACGAGAAAAGUGAUGUUUAUAGCUUUGGAGUUGCUCUGUUACAAAUAAUCACUAGCCGUCCUGUGAUAUCAAGAGCUGCUCAUGAAAAUACUCAUGUAAGUCGAUGGGUGAGCUCCAUGCUUGGUAUAGGGGAUGUUAAAAGUAUUGUGGAUCCGAGGUUAUGCGGAGAUUUCAAAGUUAACUCUGCCUGGAAGGCUGUUGAACUAGCAAUGGAUUGUAUAUCUGAAACAUCAACUGAGAGGCCAAACAUGAGUGAGGUAGUGACGAGACUAAAGGAAUGCUUGGCUGCAGAAAUAGCUCGUGAGAAUGAGAGCCAUUUGACUGGAUCAAAAGAGUUCUACGCUAUUAAUGUAACUACUCCACUCAAUCCCUCGGCAAGGUGAUUCGUUGUUCAAAUCAAGCCGAGUAUACCCAAUUCUGCUGCACUUGUAGUUUCUUUUGUGUUUCUAUUUGUUACAGUGUCUCGAGUUAAAACUUCUAAUGAUAAUAGUUCUCUGUCAUGUAAAAGGCUUUGAAACUGGUUUCAAUUCUAAAUGGAAUAAAUAA